AUGAAUCUAAAUAUACCAUAACUUCCUUAAAGUUAUGUAAAUAUGAAGCCUUUAAAUUCUCUUGAAGAAUUCACAAAAGAAACUGAAUAGAACAUAAGUUAAAUUUAUAAGUUGUAAAAAAGACUAAAUGAACAGUAAUAAUAAGUAGAUGCAUUAAUGAAAGUUGUUUCAAAUACAUAAUAGUAAUAAUAUUUGUCACAAGAUAGAUAUAAAUACACUAAUGAAAGUGAAAGACUUAAUAAUUAAUUGCUUGAUGAAAUAAAGCAUUUAAAGAGAUAACUUAAAUAAAUUGAGAAUGGUCCAAAACUUCCUUAAGCACAUUUUCUUCCUCCAUUUAUACCUUAAUAAUAACAUCCCUAUAAUUAUCAUCAACCCUAUAAUUCAAUACCAAUGCCUUAUCCAAUUCUUAAUCAAAAUCCUUAUUAUUAGUAUUACCCUUUUCAAAACAUACCUUUACAACAACCUUAAAAUGAAGAAAGAAGUUUUAGUAAAUUCUUGAAAGAUUUUGCUAAAAAAAAAGAAGAAGUAGAUUAAUUAAAUCAGAUUUUGUCACAAUUAUUAAAAAAUACAAAGAAUGAUCCAGAUAAUUAAUAAAAAAUGAAAUCUAGAAGAUAUUUAAGGGUUAAACAUAUAUCUCAAAAAGAUAAUUCAGAUUAUCAUCUUAGCAAAAGUUCUAGAUAUGAAUAAGAAUUACGUGAACCAGUAAAAAUAAAAUAAAAUAAAAAGCAUUCCAUUAAAUCAUAAGAAUAAUAACUACCAUUAUUAAAUUAAAAUUCAAAAAUUAAACUAUAACCAUUGAAAAUAAAACCAACACCAGAAAGAUUAACAAAAUUAAAAAAAAAACUCAAAUAUUGUGCUUGGAUGAUUAUAUUUUAUAAAAAUAAAUAUUAUCAAAUACUGGAAAAUAAGGCAAUUAAAAGAUUUGAAGAUUAACAUCAUUAAUAUGAUGAGCAAUUUGUAAAUAAUUAUUAUUAUAUUAGUUAUAUGCAAACGUCAUAUCAUAAUUUGUUAGAGAAGGUCAAAAACUUUCCUUAUUCAAAAAAUCAUGGGUUUUCACUGAAAAUAAAGAUGUUCCAAAUCGAAUAAAUACUUUAAUCUAAGCAGCAGAUACUUUAAUUAAGCAAUUAAUCAUUAUAACAUAAUCUAUCAAGUUUGAUAAAUAACAUUUGUCAUACAUACAAGCAUUUACUACAAAUGAAGGAUAUUUAUUUCCAUCUCAUUCAGCUUUUGUCACAUAAAGAUUAAAAUUAAAUUACAAAAGAAAAUUAAAGUACUUUAUAAGUUUUAUUUUAGAUUCACUUCUACUGAUCAAUAAAAAAUGGCUUUUAUAGAAUAUGCUUAUGUAUAAUAACUUUUAUAUGAAUCAAUAUUUUCUAUGAAUGGUUGGUAAGAAUUACUUAAACCAUUUGCAGAACCAUUAAAGCUUUUUGUUUCUCUUCUUUAAUAUUUAUUUAUAGACAAAUUCAAAAAUUUGUAGAUUAUUUCAAAAGAUAUUAAAUUUAAUGUAAUUUAUUUUUUAUUAAUAAAAUUAGAUUGAAUAAGUACCAAUUUUGGAUUUCACAAAACGUAAUGUAGCUGAUGUUAAAUUUGUUAUUAAUAAUAAAGAUCCUAAAUUUUAGAUUACUAAUAAAAUGCCUAUACUUGGAUUAUAUGAUGAGACAGUACUGAAACCUGUAAUAGAAAAUCAAGGAUUUACAAUACUUUAAAAUUAAUUUAAAAUUUAUGUUGAUUUUAUAUACUCUAAAGUAAGUUGA